UAUGCGAACUGUACUCUACAAAAACAUAUGGAUAAGCACAAGAUCAAAGCAGACACGCGGUCAUUCUCGUUAUUGCAACGUCUCCUUACAAUGGACCCGAUCAAACGAGUUACUGCACAAGAAGCUAUGGACGAUCCGUAUUUUAAGGAAGAUCCUCGUCCAACAGCAGAUGUUUUCAGUGGCUGUGAUAUUCCGUAUCCGAAGAGGGAAUUUCUCUCGGAUGACAAUGACGAUAAAAGCGCUUCUGCAUCUAAAACUCAACAACCGCCACCACCGCAGCAAAGUCAGCAGCAGAAUAUUGGUGUGCACCCUCAACAACCGAUCAUGGAACCGGCCGCGAAGAAGAUGCGUAUGCAGCAGAAUCAACAAAUGCCACCCACACAACCUCAGAUGGAGAACAUGAUGAGUGCACCAACCGGUGGAAUGUUCAGCGGAGUGCAGGGUCCAACCGGAAACGACUACCAAGGAGUGGUCGGUGGCGGAGGCGGUGGUGGUGCAGGUGGUGGUCAAUCAAUGGCUGCGAAAGGAUUCGACCAUCAUCAGCCGGGUCAUCAUCAUCCAGUACCGCAAUCAUCGCAACAAGCUGCUCACCACCAUCCUCAUCCUAAUGUUCCUCCUCAACAACAACAACAACAUCAGCAAGCCACACAUCAAGGCAUACCACCACCCCAACCAAACCCUCAACAAAUGAUGCAACCACCUCACCAACCACCACAACAACAACAACCACAACAACAAGCAUCACUUAUGAACAACCCACAAAUGCAAUCGAUGCAGUUCCAACAGCAACAGCAACACGAUAUGGCCAUACGUCAACAACAUCAUCACCAGCAACAACCACCGCAUAUGAUGAAUCAAAAUGCGAAUCUUUAUCAGCAAUCCCAAAUGGCUAUGGGUCAGCAAAUGAAUCCAGCAGCACAAGGCCCCGCACAGAUGCGAGCACGUCCAAUGCAAAUGCAAACUCAACCGUCAAUGAUGCCACCGACAACCUAUCAACAGCAGCAGCAACAACAAAUGAUGCAACCUGGUAUGGGUCAACAGAUGAUGGGUGCACAGGGAAUGAUGGCCGAACAGCAACAAAUGGGUGCGCCACAUCCACAGAUGAAUCCGCAGCAAGGACCUCCAAUGAUGCAACAGAUGCGACCGCAGAUGCAAUAUUUGGAUCAAAAUGGCCGGAUCAUUCAACAGCCUGGUAUGAUGGUAUCGCAAUCAGGCCAGGAGAUGAUGCCACCACAGCAAGGCCAAUACAUUAUGCAACAGCCACAGCAGCAACAAUGGGCUCCGAUGCAACCACGUUAUCAGUGA